AUUAAUAUCGAGGUUCAGACACCGAAAUUUUCAUGACUGCCUUAAUCAAAUGAAUCUUGAUCAGUUCUCAUCAAAUAUUUAUUUCUUCUUCUCCGCGUAAUAUUCUUCAUAGACUCAGCCCCUUGGUCUCGAUACAUGAUACUGCGUUAAAACUAUAGUUGCCUGCGCGUCAAAAUAUUACUUCAAUGGCCACAUUAUUGCCUUCCUUAUUGGGGCAGUACGACUCCUGGGGCAUCAUGAAAACGCUGUUUUAUGGCGUCAUAGCCUUCAAUAUAGUACUGCUUCUUGGCUAUCUUUUUACUAUUUCCAAGUAUCACUAUACGCAGCAGAGUGAUGUAGCAGCACAGCUACCGCCCCUAUACCCAUCUAUAGCACCAGCAGUGGGCCAUUUUAUCUCAUUUCUAUGUGACAAUGCGGAAUUCUUUCGGAGAGCUACGUCUUAUAAAGGACAGUUUACCUCGACUAGGAUAUCCUUCUUCGGCCAUCAAGUUUAUCUCUUCCAAGACCGGGAGAGUAUCAAAAAGAUUUGGAAGACACCUGCAUUAUCUAGUCCCACGUGUAUUCAGAUAUAUUGUCUGAAGUAUUUAUUUGGGUUGUCAAAAAAGGGGUUGGCUAUCUACCGCGCGGAUCGCUCCGGUCCUCACGCUAAACCUCACUCGGGAAGUAGCGUGCCUGUUAACAGCCGCAUUGACUAUAGAACUCAUAAAGAGUUCCUUCGUGCAUUAUCUGGGCCCGGAUUAAACCCCACUCUUCAACGCUAUACGGCGGCAUUCGCCACUUACCUAGAUCUUCUCCGGUUGCCUUGUUCUGCUACCGAAUGGAAUUCGAUCACCGACUUUCAAGAAUUCUUCUUCAAAAUCAUGGGUGUUUCGCUUAUUGAGUCUCUAUUUGGCCCGUCUUUGCUGCGUCUUAGCCCUACAUUCAUUGAUGAUCUGAUCGAGUUUGAUAAUAAUGUGCCAUGGCUAGCCCGAGGAAUCCCAUCCUUUGCUAUGCCUAAGCCGUACAAGAUCAGAAGUGGACUUAACAAUAAAAUCAAAAAGUGGCAUUCGUACGCUCAAAAGAAUUUCGACGAGAGUAGUGUUACCGACGAUGGCGAUGGCGACUUGUUUUGGGGAUCCAAAUUGAUCAGGAAUCGACAUGCAAUAUUACAUGCAGCCGGGCAAACUGAUAACGACAUUGCAGCUUCUGACCUUGGCUUGGCAUUUGGGCUUGUAACGAAUACCAACCCAACAGCCAUGAUGGUGGUAUGGCACAUUUUCAAGGAUCCCCAGCUUCUCAAGCGUGUGCGUGAUGAGCUGGAAGACAUGUUUGGUCAUGAAUCGAUUAGAUCUAUUAACCCAAAGGAGCUUUCGAAAGCCCCUCUUCUCUCCUCUGUAUAUGCCGAAGUACUUCGUCUUUACGUCAAGAUAUAUGUUAUGUUUAGUCCUCAAAAUCAGGACGCCUCAUUAGGGAGAUGGAAGCUUCCUAAGGACAAGAUCGGAUUGUUAAACUCUUGCAUCUCUCAUAUGGAUCCCGAGUUUUGGAAUACGAAAGGAGGCCUGCAUCCUGUGGAUUGCUUCUGGGCCGAUCGAUUCUUGAUUGACCCAUCAGAUCCAGGGAGUGGUCCUAUAAACCCAUCAUUAGGAGAGCGGCCGCGAUUAGGUGACACAGUAAACAACGGAAAGCCAUUCUUCUCAGUUGAAGGGCUGGAAUCAUCGUGGUUCCCUUAUGGAGGAGGGUACUCGGUGUGCCCCGGUCGUCAUCUUGCCAAAUUCACAGUAAUUUACACUUGUGCAGUAUUGGUAAAUGAGGUUGAUAUCGAGUUUUUUACUGAUGACUUGGAAUUUGAUAGUUGGCGUUUUGGGUUAGGUAUGCAAGCCCCAAGGAAUCAUAUCUCUUGCCGGAUUAAAAGUAGGCAAACAUAGAAAAAUAUUUUAAGAUUGUAUUAUUAGAAAGUUCUAAUAGCGUAAACUCCGAGGGAUAUUGUUAUAGACUAUUAUAGACUGGUGCUGUGCCCAUUUAGCGACGAGCUUCAGAUACUUGUUCUGUUUUUCACAUUUAUUAUAUGUAUUUAC